AGCCAAAUACGCGGCCGAGGUUCCGGGGUUUGAGUUGCCUAGGGUCUCUUUUCUGCGCUCGCUGCUGCCGCCGGUGCCGCCGCCAUGGGCAAGCGACAGCACCAGAAGGACAAGAUGUACAUUACCUGUGCUGAAUACACUCACUUCUAUGGUGGCAAAAAGGCAGAUAUGCCACAAACAAAUUUUCGUCGUUUACCUUUUGACCACUGCAGUCUCUCUCUGCAGCCCUUCGUCUACCCGGUCUGCACCCCUGAAGGUGUCGUCUUUGACUUGCUGAACAUCGUGCCAUGGCUUAAGAAGUACGGGACCAACCCCAGCAAUGGAGAGAAACUAGACGGGAGGUCCCUGAUCAAGCUGAACUUUGCCAAGAACAGUGAAGAGAAAUACCACUGCCCAGUGCUGUUCACCGUGUUCACCGACAACACACACAUCGUGGCCAUUAGGACAACUGGUAACGUCUAUGCCUACGAGGCUGUGGAGCAGCUAAACAUCAAGGCCAAAAACUUCCGAGACCUGCUGACUGACGAGCCCUUCUCCCGGCAGGACAUUAUCACCCUCCAGGACCCCACCAAUUUGGACAAGUUCAAUGUCUCCAACUUCUUUCAUGUUAAAAAUAACAUGAGAGUAACAGACCCAGAUGAAGAAAAGGCCAAACAGGACCCGUCUUAUUAUUUGAAAAACACAAAUGCUGAGACUCGCGAGACCCUGCAGGAGCUCUACAAAGAGUUCAAAGGAGAUGAGAUUCUGGCAGCCACCAUGAAAGAGCCAGAGAAGAAGAAAGUGGACAAACUGAAUGCCGCGCACUAUUCCACGGGGAAGGUCAGUGCCUCCUUCACUUCCACAGCCAUGGUUCCAGAGACCACGCACGAAGCAGCUGCCAUCGAUGAGGACGUGCUGCGCUACCAGUUUGUUAAGAAGAAGGGCUACGUGCGGCUGCACACUAGCAGGGGCGACCUCAACCUGGAGCUGCACUGCGACCUGACACCAAAAACCUGUGAAAACUUCAUCAAGCUUUGCAAGAAACAUUACUAUGACGGCACCAUCUUUCACAGAUCCAUCAGGAACUUUGUGAUCCAAGGGGGCGACCCCACAGGCACGGGCACGGGUGGGGAGUCAUACUGGGGAAAGCCCUUCAAAGACGAGUUCCGGCCCAACCUCUCACACACAGGCCGGGGCAUACUCAGCAUGGCCAACUCGGGGCCCAACAGCAACAAGUCUCAGUUUUUUAUCACGUUCCGCUCCUGUGCUUACCUGGACAAGAAGCACACCGUCUUUGGGCGGGUUGUUGGGGGCUUUGACACGCUGACAUCCAUGGAGAAUGUGGAAAGUGACCCCAAAACUGAUCGCCCUAAGGAGGAGAUCCGCAUCGACGCCACCACGGUGUUCGUGGACCCUUAUGAGGAGGCCGAUGCUCAGAUUGCUGAGCAGCGGAAGAAGACACAGCUCGAGGCGGCCCCGGAGGCCAAUGUGAAGACCAGCCAGCCCCAGCCGGGGAGCCAGGGCCCCCAGACGUACCGCCAGGGGGUGGGCAAGUACAUCAACCCGGCCACCACGAAACGAGUAAAAGAGGAAGAACCAUCAACCAGUACAGCCGCCCCUGUGGCCAAAAAGCCCAGCCGAGGUUUUGGGGACUUCAGCUCCUGGUAGCAACAGGCCAGAUGCUCUAGAUCCUGACACAGGACCAAGGGCUGGCAGCACGGCCAGAGGAGGCUGAAGGUGGCGUGUGCUCGAGCUUGGUGGUCCUGUUCCUUAAGGCAAAGCUUCUGGCUGUCCCCAGGUCGCUGUCUGGCAGUCCAGCCUUACCCAGUGGCCUGCACCUGCCCUGAGGUAUGGGCCACACAGCCUCACCACUUGCCCCCACGCCCACCCCCACCAGGCAGAGGCUAGGCCCGCCGAGCGGUGUUUACAAAUGACGGUUCACAUUUCUGUAGUUCAUUUUAGAGCUUAAAUUUUAGUUUUCUAGAUGUUAAAACAACUUGGAUUUUGUAAUUACCUGAUGAGGUCAUCACAUAAAUUAAAGGACUUAUGGAAAGAUUCUCAUUUCUGGUCCUUUCUAGUAUCUGACAGAUGCCAUCAAGCAUGAAAGUGUUGAGGUAUAAAAAUACUGUAUAAAAUGGCAACAAAACUAAACCACAUUUCUAAAGCAAAUGUACUGUGCCAGAGACACUCCAUUAUGUUAAAUGCAUCUACAAAUCCUGGCAUCCCC